UCCAGAGAAGAGCAGGAGGAGGUGAGAGGCCAGCUGGGGGUCCUCACAGUGAGAGGGGCGCAGAGGACCCUCCCUCGCAGGUUGUGAAUGUCACUCACAUCCCAGCUGGCGAAGCCUCACUGCAGACAUGCAUCUGCUUCCAGCCUUGGCAGGGGUCCUGGCCACACUCAUCCUCGCACAGCCCGGUGAGGGCACUGACACAGACUCUCUUGGGGCAGUGGAGACCUCGGUCCUGAGGGACUGCAUAGCAGAGGCCAAGCUGCGAGUGGAUGCUGCCUACAAUUGGACCCAGAAGAGCAUCAAGCAGCGGCUUCGCAGCGGCUCAGCCAGCCCCAUGGACCUCCUGUCCUACUUCAAGCAACCGGUAGCAGCCACCAGGACAGUUGUUCAGGCCGCAGAUUAUAUGCAUGUGGCCUUGGGGCUGCUUGAAGAGAAGUUACAACCCCAGCGGUCCGGACCCUUCAAUGUCACUGAUGUGCUAACAGAACCACAGCUGCGGCUGCUGUCCCAGGCCAGUGGCUGUGCUCUCCAGGACCAGGCCGAGCGCUGCAGCAACAAGUACCGCACCAUCACUGGACGAUGCAACAACAAGAGGAGACCCUGGCUAGGGGCCUCCAACCAGGCUCUGGCUCGCUGGCUGCCCGCCGAGUAUGAGGAUGGGCUGUCGCUGCCCUUUGGCUGGACCCCCGGCAGGAGGCGCAAUGGCUUCCUUCUUCCUCUUGUCCGGGCUGUCUCCAACCAGAUUGUGCGCUUCCCCAGCGAGAGACUGACCUCCGAUCGUGGCCGGGCCCUCAUGUUCAUGCAGUGGGGCCAGUUCAUUGACCAUGACCUGGACUUCUCCCCGGAGUCCCCGGCCAGAGUGGCCUUCACUGAGGGGGUCGACUGUGAGAAGACCUGUGCCCAGCUGCCCCCCUGCUUUCCCAUCAAGAUACCACCCAAUGACCCCCGCAUCAAGAACCAGCGUGACUGCAUCCCCUUCUUCCGCUCGGCACCCUCAUGCCCCCAAAACAAAAACAGAGUCCGCAACCAGAUCAACGCGCUCACCUCCUUCGUGGACGCCAGCAUGGUGUAUGGCAGUGAGGUCUCCCUCUCGCUGCGGCUCCGCAACCGGACCAACUAUCUGGGGCUGCUGGCCGUCAACCAGCGCUUCCAAGACAACGGCCGGGCCCUGCUGCCCUUCGACAACCUGCGUGACGACCCCUGUCUCCUCACCAACCGCUCGGCGCGCAUCCCCUGCUUCCUGGCAGGUCAGACUGGGAGGAAGGUGGUGUCUUCCCAGGAAACAGCCAUCCCUGGGGUCCCGAUUGGGAAGUCAUGGUGGGAUGUGGUGAAG